GAGGUCGAACGCGCGCUUCCAGGAGCCGCCGCGCGCGCUGCUGUCGAGCAGAGAGGCGCUGCCGAAUUUGGAGGCGGACGCCUCCAGGGGGGUCGCGGUGGCCUCCGCUGACGUUGACUGCUGCUUCUACCAGUGCGAGCUGCCACCUUGGGCUCGCUUCUAUUUUGGCCUACCUGCUGUCCAGGCGCGUUUUCUCCAGCCAGAGGUUCGUCGGCUGCUGAACAUCACGGGCCCGACUGAGAUGGUCCACUUCGUUGCCCGGGUGCCCCCCAUGGGCUGCUCGUGGGCGGCGCGCCUCAUCCAGGAGGCCCACGCCCACAUCCUGGGCGGCAUCAGCCCGGAGUCGCCGUGGAUCGCCGAGAAGGCGCCCACCUCGGCGCUCGGCGCGCAGUGCUCCGCGGCCAAGAUGCUGUAUAUCGACAACGUUGCCGUGUUUACGUCUGGCAGUGGCGACCCGACCCUAGAGGCCUCCUUCGACAGCGACGACGGGGACCUUCACGCCCUUCUCGGGCACGUGCUGCACAAGCCCUCCGCCGCCUGGCGGCUGUCGCGGCGCAAGUUCUGGCGACUGAAAGUCAGCUUCGAUUUUGCACUUGCCCCAGGGCGUCUCGCCACGGGGCGCGAGCUCGAGAGGCUCAUGGGGCACGUCACCUCCGCCGUGAUGUUGCAGCGGCCGGUGCUUUCCCUGUUCCACGCCAUCUACGAGUUCUGCCGGCGCUCCCGCGACAGACGGCAGCUUCUGUGGACCUCAGUGAAGCGGGAGCUCUCCUGCUUCAGGGCGCUGCUUCCAUGCGUGGCCGCUCUGCUGAGUCGCUCUUGGUGCGACCCGGUCACGGCCGCCGACGCCUCGCCGUGGGGGUUCGGAUUCGUGGAGCAAUCGUGGCCCGUCGGCGACGCGCGACGAGUUGGCAGCCUCUCGGAGCGCAGCCGCUUGCGGUGGGUCCUGGCGGCAGACUACGCCCCCCGGGACACGCUGGGCGAGCGGCAACUCCUGCGGGCCUCCUCGACGGACGUGGUGGCGGAGGGCGCCCUCGUGCACUUCGAGGAA